UAGACUUAGCGAGUGUGCAACUAUCAAAGCAGCUAAGGACCAAAGUACCUCCUAACUUGACCUUUGAGACAAGUGCAAGCUGGAUAGUAAUACUUCUUCUUUCUCCUGUUCUGGGGAACUACCAAAUGUAUUGCGUGUCGCUCCGGCCAAUAUUAUAAUCCUAUCUCAUGGAGCGACACGGCUCGCCAGGCCUUGGCCCGCGUAAUGAUGCUGGGUCUCGAGUACAGAAACCGGAGUCUGCUACGGACAAAGCCGCUAAGCUAGCAGCAUUGAAGGCACGCGUAUCAGCAGCUAUAGGAUCUACUAAGGCAAAGGGUGGUCUGAAUGUUGGUCUUCAUCCAGCGUUGGAAGAUAUCGGACAAUGGAAGCCUGGUGGUGGUAAGACCAACGACUCGAAAUCCGGAUUAGGCUCGCGAUCACGGAAUGAUGGCAACAAGGCACAACCGAAACACAAACCCCUCGAUCUAUCCGGCCCAUCGCAAGAGGAAAUCAAGAACAAUCCCUAUUUUGACGCGAGUCUAAGCGCUCCCGGCGCAAAACCGAGACAGUCGCGUCAACUCAUAUUCAACCAGAAAGGCAAAUACAUCCAGCAAGCGAAUGCGCUACGAAGGCAAGCAGCGCUCGAAGCUCUGAAGAAGAAGAUUGCGGCGGGCACGCGUAAGGUCGGAAUAGACGAGGACAAAGACGUCGAGAAGAACUUCGUGGUUGAAGCUCCCCCAGAUGUCGAGUGGUGGGACGAAGGAUUAAUAGACGGCAAGAACUACGACGACAUAGAAAACCCCAAGGUGCUCAAGAUCGACACCGAAGACACGAUAAUUACUAGAUAUAUCCAACACCCCGUCCCCAUCGAACCUCCCCAGGACAAGAACGUCCCCGCUCCGAAACCCAUGUACCUCACCUCCACGGAACAAGCCAAGCUGCGCCGACAGCGCCGAAUGGCCGACCUGAAGGAGGAACAAGCCAAGAUUAGACUCGGCCUAGUCCCUGCGCCGCCGCCAAAGGUCAAGAAGGGCAAUCUAAUGCGUGUCCUAGGCGAGGAAGCCGUCAAAGAUCCCACGGCCGUCGAAGCCCGCGUGAAUCGCGAGAUUGCGGAUCGGCACAACAAGCACGUGCAGACGAACGAGGAGCGGAGAUUGACCAAGGAGCAGAAGCACGAGAAGCUGGCUACGAACCAGGAGAAGGACGCGGCCAAGGGCUUGCAUAUGCUGGUGUUCAAGAUCAAUAGCUUGGCGAACGGUCAGCACCGGUACAAGAUUAGCGUCAACGCCGACCAGCUUGCUCUCACGGGGUUGGUCAUCAUGCACCCGAAGCAGAACCUGGUCAUUGCCGAGGGCGGCGAGUGGUCCAUCAAGCACUACAAGAAACUACUCCUGAACCGCAUCAACUGGACCGAGAACCUGCCAUCUCGCGAGAAGGACGCACAGAACGAGGCUUUGAAGGAAUGGCUCAAGGCCGAGAACGAAGAGGGCGAUUUAAAGGAUCUAGCCGAGAACCAGUGCAAGCUGAUCUUCGAGGGAGAAGUAAAGUCCCGCGCGUUUAGGAAAUGGGGUUCCAAGGUCUGCGAGACGGACAGCGAGGCGAGGGAGGUGUUAUCCAAGUCCAAGAUGGAGAACUUUUGGAAUCUCGCCAAGUCUACCCACUAAGUCAGAGCUAUCUACUACAUAAUAGUUAAAUUAAUCACAUGGUUUAGGCUGGGAGAUUGUGUAAUAAAACAUCGCGAAUAUUAAGAAGACUAAU